CUUCCGCCACAUUCAGUAUGGCGGCGACGCCAGUCCACAGAGGCGAUUGAGCAGGUCGCUAGUGGCGCGUUCCACUCCAGUCAUGGCGGCCCGCCGACCGGUCGCGGGCAGCGGGGCUCUGGCAACGUGCGGUCUGGAGAGCAUUCUGGAGGCGCUGAAGCUUCUGCUGAGCCCGGGAGCAUCGGAUUCAGGUUCACUACAGAUCACAAAACAUGAUGUCCUGUUGGCUACUUUAAGCUCCAACCUGUCUGCUUUGGAGGACAAAUUGCUGAAGGAUCCUCACUGGAAGAAACUGAAACUCCUGAGGGAUGAAAUUGCUAAUAAGGCAGAAUGGCCACAAAACUCUGUGGAUGUCACCUGGAGUUUUACCUCUCAAACUUUGUUGUUGCUGUUGUGCUUGAAGGAAACCAUGAUCCACCUUGCAGCUGACUUCAGUCCGGGUAAACCCAGCCUGAGGACUCCGGAAGCCGCUCCUGCCCUGAGCCCAGAUACACUUAGCAUCUCACAGCAGAAGACUGUCCAGUCCGUGUUGCAGUUUGUAGUCACCUUCGGUGUCUGCCCGUAUCUCGUGCCUGGUGUGGGAGUCCCUUUGAGAUGCAGGACCGCGUUUGGUGCCGUUGUUCAGGAUGUGGUGUGUCUGAGCGCUCCUCCCGAUGCGACCCGGAGACUCUACACCAGCUGCAGGAUUCUUCUGAACAUUGCGCAUCACACUUCCCUGGGGAGCUUGAUUUUCUGCCGCCAUUUUGGGGAUAUUGCAGCAGGUCUGUGUCAGCUGGGAUUCUGCCCCACCAAGAGAAAACCGCUAAAACCUGAGGAAGAGGUUUUAACGGAAGAGGAAAGAACCUUUUCUAGGGAGGCCUUGAGAGACAUCUUGGAUCAAGUGUAUCAACCCUUAGCAGUCCGAGAAUUACUUAUCCUCCAGGGAGGACCACCCCAGUCCUGCACAGAUGAAAAGACACAAGUUAGGUGUCGGGCCCCAGCUUGGCUUCGGCGUCUAUGUGGGCAGCUGCUCUCCGAAAGGUUGAUGAAACCCAGUGGUGUUCAGGCAGUAGUCCGGGGCAUUCUGGAAGGAGCAGGUGCUGGGGCGGCUGGCGGGAGUGAUGCAGAGGCAAUGGCUGCUGACUGGAAGAAGUGUGACUUGAUUGCAAAGAUCCUGGCCUCUUGUCCCCAGCAGUCUCUUUCACCAGAGGAUUACUAUCGAGAUAUCUGCCCCCAGAUUCUAGAUUUAUUUCACUUUCAAGAUAAAUUGACAGCGCGACAGUUUCAGAGAGUUGCCACCACUACCUUUAUAACCAUGUCGAGAGAACGCCCACAAUUGGCUUCGAAGUAUUUGCUUGAACCGGUGCUAGCCCCCCUCCACCGAUGUUUAAACACCGCAGAGAUUCCAGAGAGUGACAUGGCUCCAGGGACCAUUUUGGUAACAGAAGAGGAACUUAGUAGAUGUAUUGAGGAUGUAUUUAAGGUGUACGUGGUCGGGAACGAACCUUUGACGGUUUUAGUGGACUCCCUGCUUCCAGUCUUGGGUGUGCUCUUUUCUCUAUACUGUUUCACCAAGCAAAGCGUGUCUCAUAUAAGGUCACUUUGCCAAGAGAUCUUAUUAUGGAUUCUGGGGAAGCUAGAGAGGAAGAAGGCAAUUGCCAGCCUGAAAGGAUUUGCAGGAUUGGACAAAUCUGUGUCCUCUCUUCCUUCUCUGUGUCAGUUUAGAGCGGCCACUCAAGGUGGCAUCAUGAUUACCAUCAAAGAGACCGUUUGUGACGAAGAUGAGGAUGAAGCCUUGUACCAGAAGGUGUCCUCAGAGCAGUGCCGGGUUGAGCACCUUGGGGACUUGUUAUCCCACUGCCAGGAGUGUGGUUUGGCAGGUGACUUCUUCAUCUUCUGCUUGCAGGAAUUGACUCAUGUGGCCAUGGAAAAUGAGACAGAGUUAAAAACAAAACCCUUCUCCAGCAAAAGCGUCUUGGAGUUAGAGCAGCACCAAACUCUUGUGGAAGGCCAGGGCCAGAAGCUGCUGGUUCUACAGCUGUUGGCCGUUCUGUGCGAGAGGAUGUCUGAGCAGAUAUUCACAAAUAUCACUCAGGUUGUGGACUUUGUGGCAGCAACCCUGCAGCGAGCGUGUGCAAGCUUGGCCCACCAGGCAGAGAGCACCGUGGAAUUGCAGACGCUGAGCAUGUCCAUGGGGCUGGUGGCUGUCAUGCUGGGAGGAGCUGUUCAGUUGAAGUCAGGUGAUUUCGCUGUCCUGAAGCAAUUGCUGCCUUUGUUGGAGAAGGUCUCCAAUGUGUACCCUGACCCUGUCAUCCAAGAGCUCGCUGCCGAUCUCCGCAUCACCAUCUCGACCCAUGGGGCGUUUUCCACCGAUGCUGUCAGUGUGGCUGCCCAAAGUACCCUGAACGGAAAGGAUCCAGAAGGGAAAAUAGAAGAACAGCAACAAACCAGUCAUGAAAAGAACAGGAAUGGGUCUGACCUCGAACAACAGCAAAGCCGGGAGAAAUCCAGGCAAAUGGGCCUGAAAUCUCACACUCCACCCAUUGCUCAGGAGGUCAGUGCAUCCAGAACUACUACAAACCACAAGUCUGGAAGCAUCACCACAGACCAGCUCCAGGAGGUUAUUUUAUCAGCUUAUGAUCCUCAGAUUCCAACGCGGGCUGCUGCCCUGCGAACUCUUUCCUGCUGGAUAGAGCAGAGAGAAGCAAAAGCCCUUGAGAUGCAAGAGAAGCUUCUCAAGAUAUUCUUGGAGAACUUGGAGCAUGAAGACACCUUUGUAUAUCUGUCUGCUAUUCAGGGGGUCGCCUUGCUCUCAGAUGUGUACCCUGAGAAAAUCUUGCUUGGCCUGUUGGCUCAGUAUGACGGUGGUAAAGACAAGCACACGCCAGAGACCAGAAUGAAAGUCGGGGAAGUCCUGAUGCGAGUUGUCAGGGCAUUAGGGGACAUGGUCUCAAAGUACAGAGAACCUUUGAUCCACACGUUCCUGAGGGGGGCAAGAGAUCCAGAUAGUGCUCACAGGGCCAGCAGCUUAUCUAACCUUGGAGAACUGUGCCAGAGGCUGGACUUUCUGCUGGGCUCUGUGGUUCAUGAGGUAACAGCUUGCCUGAUUGCUGUGGCUAAAACAGACCAUGAAGUUCAAGUGCGCAGAGCUGCCAUCCACGUGAUUGUGCUGCUGUUUCGCGGCCUCAGCCAGAAAGCUACCGAGGUGCUGAGGGAUGUCCUUAAGGAUCUCUACCACCUGCUGAAACACGUGGUGCGUUUGGAGCCCGAUGAUGUGGCCAAGCUCCACGCCCAGCUGGCCCUUGAAGAGCUGGAUGAGAUCAUGAGAAACUUCCUCUUCCCACCACAGAAGCUGGAGAAAAAGAUUGUGGUGCUGCCCUAGACCUGGCUCUAAGGACAUCAAGGAGGUAGAGGACCAAGAGCAGUGCCCAGUCCUUCCAGCAGGUGGCCCCACUGCCUCUUUGGUGCUGGCAAUAUGGCUGACCCUGGAUGGCUUUAUGUGUCUGGUCAUUUGUGCCUUCAGGCUGACCUUCCUAAAGCAUCUAUUUAGCAUCCUGCAUCCAGCCUGAAGCAUGUGUCAUUAGAAGACAAAA